AUUUCAAAUAUCAGAACCCCAUUAGCCCACUAAACCCACGUCUCUAUUUCCCCACUCUCUCCAUCUUUCUCUGGUUUUUCUCAAAGUUUUCAGAUUUGGAUUUAUACCCAUUCAAAUUUUUCUUCUUCUUCUCACGCUGGAGUUCUCCAUCUCAAAUUCGUUGCACCAUUUUCUCUAAAAAACUUUUUUCUUUGAAGUUUUAGGAGCUUUAUAUCUCAAAAGAACAGUAGUUCCAUUGUUUGUUCUGCUGGAGCAAGUCCUCUUUUUCAUAAAUGGGUGCCUCAGGAAAAUGGGUAAAAUCUCUUAUAGGUCUCAAGAAGUCCAAUGAUAAGGAAGAAAAUGUGAAGAUGGGUGGUAAGAGCAAGAAAUGGAAGCUGUGGAGAAGCUCUUCCGGUGACUUGGGGUCUUCAUGGAAGGGUUUCAAAGGGAGUCAUAGAGCAGCAUCUGAAUGUUCAGGAUCUUCACCAAUUACGGAUGCUUUUACUGCUGCAAUGGCUACUGUGGUUCGAGCUCCUCCCAAGGAUUUCAGGGUUGUGAGGCAAGAAUGGGCCGCCAUUCGGAUUCAAACAGCUUUUCGUGGAUUCUUGGCGAGGAGGGCUUUGAGGGCCUUGAAAGGAGUGGUAAGGCUUCAAGCACUAGUCCGGGGUCGACAAGUGAGGAAGCAGGCUGCAGUGACACUUAGGUGCAUGCAAGCUCUUGUUCGAGUUCAGGCUCGAGUCAGGGCUCGUCGUGUGCGGAUGUCCAUAGAAGGGCAGGCUGUGCAGCAAAUGCUAUAUGAACGGAGAAGCAAGUCUGACCUCUUGAAACAAGCUGAGGAAGGAUGGUGUGAUAGCAAGGGAACAUUGGAAGAUAUUAAGGCGAAGCUACAAAUGAGGCAUGAAGGAGCCUUCAAGAGAGAGAGAGCAAUUGCAUACUCUCUUGCUCAGAAGCAAUGGAGGUCCAACCCCAGUUCAAACACUCGAAGUAAUGGCUCGUUAUCGACUUUCAAGAAUCAUGAGUUUGAUAAGAAUAGCUGGGGAUGGAGCUGGCUAGAACGUUGGAUGGCAGCUAAGCCAUGGGAGACUAGAUUGAUGGAACAAUCCCACACUGACCUUUCUGAGACAACUCCACCACCAAAGUCCGGUUCAGAUUCCCUUGUGAGCAAAAAUACAAAAUCUUCUGAACAAAGCUUUGUCAAAGUCAGAAAGAACAACGUUACCACUAGGAUCUCUGCAAAGCCUCCAAUUGGGCACGUUACUCGCUCAUCAUCAAGCCCAAGUUCUGAAUUUCACUAUGAUGAAAGCUCAGCUUCAUCUUCAAUUUGUACAUCUGCAACACCAGUUUCAGGAAACACAGGCUUGCCUCUGGAUAGAAUAGAGGAGGGUGGUUAUAGUAGGCCAAGCUAUAUGAAUCUCACCGAGUCAACCAAAGCAAAGCGAAAAACAUCUAAUCAAUUGUCUCAUAGAAUUCAAAGGCAAUCCAUGGAUGAGUUUCAGUUUCUGAAAAGGUCAGGUGCAUUCUCAAACGCUGAUUCGAAAAGCAGUGCUGGUUCUGACCCUUCAGUUAAUUUAUCUAAGCCGCUUUGUCAGACAACAAGAUUGGAUAAGAACUCGAUGAAACAAUUCAGGGGAACGGAUAAUCCCCUGUAUGAUUAGAUAGAUUGAUGGGGUUAUGUUUUCAGGAAGUUCAACAGCUUGUUGUUCUCUAAUUCUGAGAUUGUGUAUUAAUUAAGAGCAUUUGUGCAAUUAGUUAGCUGUAGUCAAAACAGAUCAAGAAUCCCUGAGUUUGCUUUUUGAGGGUUAUCCAUUUUGCCAUAUGUAUAUGAGUUUGUGUAUUUUAUCUCA